AUUUAAUGAAAAGUUCAACGAAAUGUGGAAAUGGACAAAAAUAAUAGGAAAUGUCAAUCAAAGAAUAUUCAAGGCAAAUUAUUCUGAAUCAAAAGCGAAAACGAUUAAGGCAUGUAUUGUUGGAAGUGGACCGGCUGGAUUUUAUUCUGCACAAUACAUUCUUAAACAUUUGCCUAAUUCACAUGUUGAUAUAAUAGAAAAGCUACCUGUUCCCUUUGGACUCGUGCGAUUUGGAGUAGCACCAGACCAUCCCGAAGUUAAAAAUGUUAUCAACACUUUUACAAAGACAGCAGAACAUCCAAACUUUCGUUUCAUUGGCAAUGUUUCUGUUGGGACAGAUAUCACUUUACAAGAGCUAAGAAAUUGUUAUGACAUUGUUCUGUUAGCAUAUGGUGCUAAUAUUGAUGCAAAGUUAAACAUUCCUGGUGAAGAUAAAAGAAAUGUUUUAUCAGCAAGAGAAUUUGUUGGAUGGUACAAUGGACAACCAAACUUGGAUAAACUGAAUCCUGACCUAUCUGGUGAAAGUGCUGUUCUUCUAGGUCAAGGAAAUGUUGCUGUUGAUGUCGCAAGAAUUCUUUUAUCGACAAUUGAUGACUUGCGAAAAACUGACAUAACAGAACAUGCACUUGAGGCUUUAAGUAAAAGUCGUGUGAAGAAAGUUUAUUUGGUUGGAAGACGUGGACCUCUUCAAGCUGCUUUUACAAUUAAAGAAUUAAGGGAAAUGUUAAAACUUCCCAAUGUCGACACAAAUUGGCGUUCGAGUGAUUUUGUCAAUGUCAAAGAACAAGUUGAAAGUCUUCCACGACCUAGAAAACGAAUCACUGAACUGAUGAUUAAAAGUCUUGAAGAAAAUAAGUCAAAUGAAGGCAAUAAAAACUUCCUCCCGAUAUUCUACAGGUCACCAUUGCAGAUCAAUGGAGAAUCAAAUGUUGAGUCUGUGGACUUAACAAUAACCAAAGUUGUUGAUAACAAAGCAAUUCCGACUGAAGAUGUGGAAAAUAUUCCAGCUCAACUUGUUUGCAGAAGUAUUGGCUACAAGUCUGUUUGUAUUGACGAUGCAAUAAACUUUGAUGACAAACGUGGGAUGAUAAAGAACACAAACGGACGUGUACUGCAAAAAGACGCAAACACGCCUGACAUCGGACUUUAUGUAGCUGGAUGGCUUGGAACUGGUCCAACUGGCGUCAUACUCACAACCAUGAACAAUGCUUUCGCUGUUUCUCAAACAAUCAUUGAUGAUGUUCAUUCUGGUGCUAUUAAAUGCGAUUCAACUAAGCCUGGACUUGAUCCAAAAAAAUAUAAUGUCGUCACAUGGAGUGACUGGGAAAAAAUCGAUAAGCGAGAAAUUGAAAAUGGCAAAAAAUCGAACAAGCCUCGAGAGAAAAGGCUUAGCAUUGAAGAAAUGAUGAAAAUAGUAAAGUCAUGAACCGAAAUAUUUUAUCGAAAAGUUUUAAAUUUUAAAUUAUUCAGAAGAAAAUAAAUUUAUAGGCUGAGAAGUAUUUCUAUAAGAAAGUUUAAAGUUUUCUUUGUAAUGAAGAUUUUUGCCAUCGACGAUUUAAUAAAUUUUGUUAAUAAAUCUAUAAAAAAUCUUUUUGUUAUCUGUGUAAGCACUACAGACAGAAGACUGCUUCCCGGAAAAGCCCACGGCAAACAC